AUGAAUGAGGCGGGGGAGAAUGCAAAUAAUAAUGGGUCACCAGAUGAUCCGUCUCUCCUGGAGGGUGUCGAUAACAUUUGUCAAAAUAUCAUAGCACUACGCGAAAAGUACCAGCUUACGCCUGCAAAUAUAAAAUCUAUGUUGAAGCAAUUAUACAAACCAGAGGUGAUGGCACAAGUUCUGGAUCCGAACGGCGAGAACAUCUCUGCAUUGAAGCUGACGAGGUCCAGGGUCCAGAAAGUGCAAACAAAGGACGAUUCUAAGGCUCAAGUCCCGGUUGCUCGCGCGCAGCGCACCUUCCUGACCGUCGACUAUGCGGACGAGGAUCAAUUUGACGACGACUACGUGCCGGAAAACGAUCCCGCGGGUAGCCAAGAUGAGGAGUUGCCGGAGAGCAGCUCGUCCUCAGCCUUUGACAGCGACGACGAUUCGGCGAUGGAGCUGCAGCGGGAGCUCGAGAAGGAGUUGGAGGCCCUGAAUGGAGAACCAACUCAACGAUCCGAGCUGAUCUCACCCAUCCCCCACGCUGCCAGUCUUACCUUGGAUCUCUCCGACAUGAUGCACGACUCUCCAUCCACGUCACGAGCUGCAACUGUCGACAAGCGCCCGAAUCUGAACCAAACGGCUGGCCAGGAUGCGUUGAGAGAAGAAACGCAGGAGCUUUUCGCUUCUUACAACAACCCAGAAGUCUUCACCGCCGUCGAUCCGGACUACCUGACGUUUUGCAGCUCGUUGUGUGGUAUUGGCACAGGGAAAGAUUUUUUCGGCGAUGACGAUGACCCAGACGACACCGAAUUCAUCCCGAACCCCGAGGAAAUUGAGCACGAGCUGGAGACCGAUCCUUUGGAGGUUCGACGGGAUCGUGCAACGGAGAUACCGAGGAAGGAGACCGAUUUUCUGUACACCGACCUGACGGACGCCGAGACGGCACUGAUGCUUCAGAGCUUUCCGAAAAAUGCGGUCCAGGCAGAGAUCAUCAAAACGAAGAAACAUCGCCCUCAAGCCGAACAGCGGACAAACGAGGACGACAGCGCGGAUGUCGUUGUGUUACCAAAACCGUCCUACCAUCUCCCCUACCCGGCUCUCAGGCCGAACACCUCGGAUUCCCUGCUCCCUGCGAACCGUUCGAUACGUUUUCGGCGGGAGGAGCUCACGCAGUUGAGGAUACAGUUGGAACAGCACACACAAUUGUUGGCCCAAUCGGCGGUCGCGAUGUCGUUUGAUAACCACCUUUAUGGGCGGAAACCAAUUUAUGCGAUGAUGAGAGAACUAGAAGACCUGUACACUGAUUACGGACCCGGCAGUAUCUUUGACGUCAGCAACAUGGCCAGCGCUAUCGACUUGACCCAUACGGCGUUGAAGCUUCAAAAGUCGAACGAUUGGGAGCCGAACAACUAUCGUGUGACGUCUGGCCGCUUUUUGUUACCCCGAUUACGACCGGAAGCGUGCUACCUGCUAAUGAAUUCACCAGCAAUCCUCUACCCGGCUUUGGUGCCACAGGUAUCGAUGCACAAUGCGCCGGAAGUCACCAGCCCGCUCUCCGACUCCGAGGAUCUGCUCCUCCUUUUCGGGCUCGUCCAAUUCGGUCAUCUGACUAAACGGCGCAGUCGCGUAUCGAUUAGCGGCAUCAACAAAAUCUCCUUCAUCGCUCGGCAUCUACUGGCCGGCCGUGAGGAGCGCCAAAUUGUGACAAGAUUGAAGAAGCUGAGGGCGAACUUUGACACGGGUAGAAUUUUGCAGGCAGCCGAAAGUGGCCACACCGUCUUCCAAAUCGCCUUUCAAAGGCCACUACGGUAUCCGGGCACGAUGCGGCAGUGGCCGGCUAGUGUAAGACCGGACUGGUUUUCGUGGUUUGAGCAAAACUGGACGUUCACGCCGGAUGGCUUCUUGGUCACUAGACAGACGCUGGCCCAAAUGAUCCCCUACCCGUCGCCGGAUAAAUGGUUCUUCGAGCGAAUCGCUUCGGAGGUUUCGCCAGAAGUUCCCGGUGGCCCAGUCAAUAUCAGCAAUUUCCAUGUUGACAUUGGGAGGAAUCCACAGGAGGCUAGCUGUUCAGCCAGCGUACCUAUGGCCAACUUUGGAACCAGCGCGAUGUCAUUUUCGGCGCUGGAACCCGAACUGGACUAUGACUUUGGCCAUGAUGAUGACUCCUUUUCUGCCUUGCAAACCGAGCCAGCUGAGCAUGUGUCCCGGAUUCCCGAACCUGAGAACGAUACGGACGUGAUUGUGCUCGAUGAAACAACAAACGAUGUCGGCGUUUUGAAGAUGGGCGAGCCUGGACCGGAAAUUCCUGCGCAUGAAAAUUUAGCGGUCCACCAAUCCUUCUCCGAGCCGACAAAACGCCGCUCUAGCCCGAGAAAGUUUUCAAAUGCCGAGACGCAGACCGAUUACGUUCGCAUCUUGGAGGGGCCGGAGAUGGAGGAACCCCAAACAAAUGCUGACCAGCCGACAGAAACCCGGACUUCAACGAGAAAGCGGAAGCCGGCGAACCCGAAACGACAUAGCGCCCCGUCCCCGGAUGCCAAGCGCACGGAACGAAGCUCGAAUGCACAUCCUGGAGAAGCGGCCGGUCAACCGAUUUUUGUCCAGGAGACGACAGAGCCAAGCACACCUCCACCGGCUGCACAAAAACCUGUCGAGGAGAUGAGCACGCCGUCGCCAUUCCAUGUCGUCACUUGGGAUACGCUUAUUUCGCCCGAGAAGCGCGCGAAGCCACCGGAUACGCCCGAUAAUCCACCGACACCGGGCUACAGCGCCGAAGUUGCCGAACGGCUGGUGCGGUCGGGAAUUCGAACGCCGAGCUCGGCUCGACCACUUCGACGGGGCCGACGACUAUUUUUGGACUCACCGGCCAAACUCGACCAAACGCCGCUCCGAGCGCCACGCAAGAUUCCAACACCGGAAAAGCCGGCUCCAGCUCCUGAAGUCGAAGAACCCCAACGCCUGACUGACGAUAUCAAUCUACAACUGAUUCAUAUUUACAACGAUAAUCUCGGCGAAGAUCUCGACACAAUUGCCACUCUCGCCACCGAACGCCUCAACGUCCCCUUCCAACCCGUCAAAGAACGACUAGAAUUUAUUCGCAAUUUUUGCUCUCAAGAUUCA